ACAGCCAUUUGAAUAUGGUCUCCUUCCACUUCUUCUGACUGACUGUUCUAUUUUUCUCCCUUUUUCUCCCUCUUGGGUCUGGGCUGUUUGUGUGGGUGUGUGUGUGUUGGUACGUGUCUGUGUGUGUGCCCCAGUGGACGGCCAGUGGCAGGAGUGGAGCCUUUGGAGUGACUGUUCAGUGACCUGUGCCAACGGGACCCAGCAGAGGACCAGACAGUGCUCAGCCGCCGCCCACGGUGGGUCGGAGUGUCGUGGCCACUGGGCGGAGAGCAGAGAGUGUUACAAUCCAGACUGCACAGCCAAUGGCCAGUGGAAUCCCUGGGGGCCUUGGAGUGGCUGCUCCAAGUCAUGUGACGGGGGUUGGCAGAGGCGGGCGCGGGUGUGCCAGGGGGCAGCGGUCACCGGGCAACAGUGCGAGGGCGCGGGGGAUGAAGUCCGCAAGUGCAGUGACCAACGUUGCCCAGCGCCCUAUGAGAUAUGUCUGGAGGACUACACUGUAUCCAUGGUGUGGAGAAGAACACCUUCAGGAGAACUGGCCUUCAACAGGUGUCCUCCCAAUGCCACGGGCACCACUAGUCGACGCUGCUCUCUGGAUCACCGGGGUGUGGCCUAUUGGGAACCACCCAGCUAUGCCCGCUGCAUAACCAAUGAAUAUAGAUACCUGCAGCAAUCAGUAGGUCUAUCUUCAAUCCAGGGCCAUCUAGCUAAGGGCCAGGGGAAGUUGGCGGGGGACGGGAUGUCUCAGGUGACCAAGACCCUGCUGGAUCUCACCCAGAGAAGGAACUUCUACGCUGGAGACCUGCUGUCCUCUGUGGAGAUACUCAGAAACGUGACUGAUACCUUCAAGAGGGCCAGCUACGAACCAAGCUCAGACGACGUGCAGAACUUCUUUCAGAUCAUCAGCAAUCUCCUGGAGGAGGACAACAGGGACAAGUGGGAAGACGCACAACAGGUAAACAUUCUGCACUGAGCUUGAUGCAUCAUUGAAAUGCACUUGGGUGAGUGUGGUAUUCCUGCAGAGUCUGGUCCAGCCAGUUGAAUACUAUAGCAUUCACCAGCACUGAGUUGUAUUGCCAGGUUCAACUGGUCAUUGUGACCUGAGUUCGUAUUCAGAGUAGGAGUGCUGACCUAGGAUCAGAUUUGCUCUUUUAGAUCAAAAGAUUGUGUACAAAGGCGGGACCUAUUCCUGAUCCUAGAUCAGCCGUGAGGUACUUUUAUUUAGUCACAUUGUGUAUUGUGUGUCACUGGGUUGGGAUGUGUCUGUUUCUCUAUCUGGAGGUAUAAUACCAUCACUGUCCACUCGGUGGCAGCAGGGAGCACAGCCACUAGAGAUGACCAGUCCCCAUCGACUCAUUACGUCUCUCUGUGAUGUUUGUUCUUCUUCCCUAGAAAUCCAGUCACUCCAUAGCAGACAGGGUGGAUAGGUCAUUUCAAAUGCUGGAUUUCAUAAUUACAGAACCCCUGAGGAGUAUUUAGCUUUAUUUAGCCACAUCAGAGGGAAAUAGCUGUUGCUAGAAUGGAUAUGUCUGCCUCCCUGUGCUGUUCAAAAGAGGGAUGUUGCAUGUAUAGUAUACCUGCUAGGUAAGAACAGCUGCAAGACUCCCAUGUUGCUAGAACAUAUUCAACGGUAUGUACAGUUGAAGUCGGAAGUUGACAUACACUUAAGUUGGAGUCAUUAAAAUGCGUUUUUCAACCACUCCACAAAUUUCUUGUUAACAAACUAUAGUUUUGGCAAGUCGGUUAGGACAUCUACUUUGUGCAUGACACAAGUCAUUUUUCCAGACAGACAAUUGUUUACAGACAGAUUAUUUCACUUGUAAUUCACUGUAUCACAAUUCAAGUGAGUCAGAAGUUUGCAUACACUAAGUUGACUGUGCCUUUAAACAGCUUGGAAAAUUCCAGAAAAUGAUGUCUAUAGAACUGUUUGGCCAUAAUGACCAUCGUUAUGUUUGGAGGAAAAAGGGGGAGGCUUCCAAGCUGAAAAACACCAACCCAACCGUGAAGCACAUGAGUGGCAGCAUCAUGUUGUGGGGGUGCUUUGCUGCAGGAGGGUCUGGUGUACUUCACAAAAUAGAUGGCAUCAUGAGGGAGGAAAAUUAUGUAGAUCUGUUGAAGCAACAUCUCAAGACAUCAGUCAGGAAGUUAUAGCUUGGUCGCAAAUUAGUCUUCCAAAUGGACGAUGACCCCAAGCAUACUUCCAAAUUUGUGACAAAAUUGCGACAAAAUUACUUAAGGACAACAAAGUCAAGGUAUUGGAGUGGCCAUCACAAAGCCCUGACCUCAAACCUAUAGAACAUUUGUAGGAGAACUGAAAAACGUCAGGAGGAAUGGGCCAAAAUUCACCCAACUUAUUGUGGGAAGCUUGUGGAAGGCUACCCGAAACGUUUGACCCAAGUUAAACAAUUUAAAGGCAAUGCUACCAAAUACUAUUUGAGUGUAUGUAAACUUCUUACCCACUGGGAAUGUGAUGAAAGAAAUAAAAGCUGAAAUAAAUCAUUCUCUCUACUAUUAUUCUGACAUUUCACAUUCUUAAAAUAAAACUAAAACGAAAUUCUUACUCUGAUUAAAUGUCAGGAAUUGUGAAAAACUGAGUUUAAACGUAUUUGGCUAAGGUGUAUGUAAACUUCCGACUAAACUUCAGACUGUAGAUUGAACAAGGAAACAUCUAAUGGAAUCAUAUUUUAUACAGAACAGAAAUAAUAAUUCUAUUCACAUUCAUCAGCCAUAUUCUGGAACAUAAAUGUGUCGGUCAGGUCCUCUCGUCUUUAUCCCACAAAAAUACAGAUGUCAAGUAUUUGUUUUUCACCAAGGAUGUUGGGUACAACCUCAGGCAGGGGUUUUAUGAUUUUAUCUGCGUGGGUUUUCCUCCUGUCACUUCUCCUGUCAUCCUGAAUGAGUCUCUCAGGGUUGAGAGGUGGCCACUCUUCCUUCAAAAACUCCCACUUUAUUUUAAGACGAACCCGCCCUGUCUCCGGUAGAGACAGCAUCUCCACAGACCACUAAUUUACAAAGGACAUCAGGAGCUUUUGUGAACUUCCAGUGCCAAAUGACUGCCUUCCAGAGAGGAAAGGAAAGGAGGGCGAAGGGAGGAAAGAGAGAGAAAGACAAAGAGAACGAGAGAGAGAAAGAGAGAGAGAGAGAAAGAGAGAGAGAGC